AUGUCUGACGCUGCCAAAAUGUCCGACUCUACCAAAGACUCCGACGCUACCAAGUCAAUGACCGUCCACUUCAAGCUGAAGAAGGGCAAGAACGAGCCCAAGAAGAUCCUCCUUGAGGAGCUGCAAGAGCACUACGGUAUGGAACAAGUUCAGUGCCUUCACGAAGUCGAAUCGAAGAGCCUCGCCAUCAUCGUCAAGAAGAACUGCGACACGGCCGAGAUCAUGAAGGAAGAGCUCUGGUCCAAGCUCAAGGAGACUGAUGUCUUCAAGACUUGGGAGGAGGACAGAAUCAUUGUUGUACAUGUGGACAACCACUGCUCGUACCUCUUGGGGGACCCCUAUCCAAACCAGUAG